AUGGCAAUGGUGUAUCCCAUGCAAACGCUACUCGCUGGUUUCACUUUACUUCUCGCGUUCCCUUUCGCCACAUCAACAACUGUAACAACAACAUCCAAAGAAGAAAUAAAAUGCAAUUUGUGCACACCGGAAGUUCCACGGCCACCACCCCCUAGGAUUGAGUGCCCACCACCGCCUGUUCCGCUUUCUCCUCCACCGCCAUCACCGCCACCGCCAUCACUGCCACCACCUCCGCCAGCGUGCCCCACAUGCCCUCCACCGUGCUCUGGAUGCCCUCCACCACCUUGCAAUGCAUGUCAGAUACCGCAGGGGCCUCCUCCUCCGCAGCCUAGGGACCAGCCUGGAGUGAUGGGAGGUGCGGUUUAUUCGCCAACGAACGAAGCGGUUCCUUACUUCCCAUAUGGCUUUCAGAACCCUCCACUUUCCCAGUCGGCUGCUAGCUCCAACCGUUUGAAACUGAAGCUCGUAGCUUCUAUCAUUUUUCUAUUGCUUUAG